GCCAGGCGGAGGCCUCACCCUGCGCCCGGCCCGGUGCGCAGCCGCUGCGGGGGCAGGGCGCAGCGCCAACCCACCCGGGCCGGGGCCCGGCGCGCACGCGCGAGCCCGUGGACCAGGUCGCUGGGGUAGCUCUGGGUUCACGUCCCUUCCCGGGCCCUGGGACCGCGUAGCGGUGCGCAUGCGCGCAGGCCCAGCCCGGGGUCCGUUUUGUGCGUCGCCCCGAGGCCACGGCUGUGGGGUUCCCGCUUCCAGUUGGGGGAACCCCUGCCCCUGGUGUCUCCAACCCUCCCGUGCACGCGGCGCGAGCUAGCGGUGACGUUUCCAGGACUUUCCGCUCUUUCCCGCCCGCAGCCGCCUCGCCGACCCCAUGGCGGCACACGCUUUAGGCCUUUGGUCCCCGAAGUGGAGGGAUGGCUGGGAAGGCCUGGCUGUCCUAAGGGUUUUCAGUCCUUUGGGCGUUGCUGAGGCCGGAAGUGGAGGAGUUUAGAGGUGAAAAACUUUUCCCGAUGCCCCUUCUUGGCGGCGAUGGAACUUCCGCCUGAGUUGAAGCUAGGCUUCCAGCCGCCUUUUUGCCUUUCUUUACAAGUCACAUUAGCUUUUUUCUGGAAGACAGCUUUACAAGAAUCUAGUCGGACCAAAUUUCGGGCUCCAGAACAUUCCACCAACCAGCUUAGCAGAUCAUACAUUCUUCAGGAGCUGAGAGCUGAUAAGUCUCUUCUUCACCGUGAUUUGAAACUUUCCAGUCUCAGAAAAGCUGACCAAGGGACUGCACAGGACUGAUCCAUAUGGAAGAAGAAGUGCCUGGUUUCUAUGGAGAAAGUGGCAAGUCAGUACAGGCUACCCUGUCAUCGUUGAAGAUGUUAGAUGUGGGAAAGUGGCCAAUUUUUUCCCUUUGUUCUGAGGAAGAGUUACAGUUGAUUCGUCAGGCUUGUGUCUUCGGCAGUGCUGGCAAUGAAGUUUUAUACACUACAGUCAACGAUGAGAUUUUUGUGCUUGGCACAAACUGCAGUGGCUGUCUGGGGGUAGGCGACAUUCAGAGCACUAUUGAGCCUCGGAGACUGGAUUCUCUAACUGGCAAAAAAAUAGCCAGCCUCAGCUAUGGGAGUGGCCCUCAUAUCGUCCUUGCGACAACAGAUGGAGAAGUCUUUACCUGGGGUCACAAUGCUUAUAGCCAGCUGGGCAAUGGGACAACGAAUCAUGGUUUAGUGCCCUGCCAUAUCUCUACGAAUUUGUCAAACAAACAAGUCAUUGAGGUCGCCUGUGGGUCUUACCACUCUUUGGUUCUAACAUCUGAUGGGGAGGUGUUUGCCUGGGGUUAUAAUAACUCAGGGCAAGUAGGAUCUGGAUCAACAGCUAACCAGCCCAUUCCCCGAAGAGUCACUGGAUGCUUGCAGAAUAAAGUAGUUAUGAACAUAGCAUGUGGGCAGAUGUGCUCCAUGGCUGUUGUGGACACUGGAGAGGUCUACGUCUGGGGUUACAAUGGCAAUGGGCAGCUGGGCCUGGGCAGCAGUGGCAACCAGCCCACCCCAUGCAGAGUGGCCGCCCUGCAAGGCAUCCGUGUCCAGCGGGUUGCCUGUGGCUACGCACACACAUUAGUAUUAACAGAUGAAGGUCAAAUAUAUGCUUGGGGUGCAAAUUCUUAUGGCCAGUUGGGCACUGGCAAUAAAAGUAACCAGUCCUAUCCUACCCCUGUUGUUGUGGAAAAGGACAGAAUCAUAGAGAUUGCAGCCUGUCACUCUGCCCACACAUCUGCUGCCAAGACACAAGGUGGGCACGUGUACAUGUGGGGCCAGUGCCGGGGCCAGUCGGUGAUCCUUCCACACCACACUCACUUCUGCUGCACCGAUGACGUGUUUGCCUGCUUCGCCACCCCGGCUGUCACCUGGCGCCUUCUCUCCGUGGAACCUGACGACCACCUCACUGUGGCCGAGUCUCUGAAGAGGGAGUUUGACAACCCUGACACUGCAGACCUCAAGUUUCUGGUUGAUGGAAAAUACAUUUAUGCUCACAAAGUCCUUCUCAAAAUUAGGUGUGAACAUUUUCGUUCUUCAUUAGAAGACAGUGAAGACGAUAUUGUAGAAAUGAGCGAGUUUUCGUAUCCUGUGUUCCGAGCUUUCCUGGAGUAUCUAUACACAGAUAACAUCAGCCUAUCUCCUGAGGAGGCAGUAGGGUUGCUAGAUCUGGCUACAUUUUACAGUGAGACUCGGUUGAAAAAGCUCUGUCAACAAACUAUCAAGCAAGGAAUCUGUGAGGAGAAUGCUAUUGCUCUGCUCUCUGCUGCUGUCAAGUAUGAUGCCCAGGACUUAGAAGAGUUCUGCUUCAGGUUCUGCAUCAACCAUCUGACUGUAGUAACACAAACGUCAGGCUUUGCAGAAAUGGACCACGAUCUUCUAAAGAACUUUAUCAGCAAAGCCAGCAGAGUUGGAGCCUUUAAGAACUGAUCCUGAAUGUGGAAAAGAAUGCUUAAGCCUUCCCAUUUCACCCCAGCAAAGAUAAAUAAAUAAAUGAAUAAAUAGUAAUUACCAAAAAAAGCCAUUGACGAACAACUUCUCUGUAACUAACAGUGUUGAUGAGAACUACAUCUGGCCAGAUUCUUGUCUUCUGUCAAAAGGCUGUAGUCAGUUCUCUCUAUCUGCCUACCCCGAGAUUUACAGUAGCAGGCACUGAGGGCUCCAACUGGGUAUGAUAUACCACAUAGAAGCUGAAAGUGUACCAGUGCCACUCUUGUGGGGAGUCUCCCUCUCCCAGCACGUGCCAACUGUAAAUAGCUUUGUGGGUAGGUUGGUGGGGACUGUGUUCACCUCCUUUCUCUGACCAGGGAUCUGUCUGGUAUGAGCUUGUACAGGUCUCUUACAUGCUGUCAGUCUCUGAUUUCAUACCUGUGUGUCCUGUUCUUUCAGGGUAGGCCCAAUGCUUAUGAGUAACUCGCUAACAGCUUUCUUGGCUCUGUUUUGUGUGUGUGUGUGUGUGUGUGUGCUUUUUGUUUUGUUGUCACUUUUGUUGGCUAGUUGUCUUUUUUGGAAAGUUGGGAGGUUUUGGAAGAGGUUGAAGUUGAGAAAGAAGAAGUAUCAUCUAAAAAAUAAACAUUAUAGUUACCAUUUCUUCCUUUGAGUCACCUAUGGUAGAUAUCUGUGGGGAAUUGAUAGUUUGCUAAUCUGGAGAAAUGGUUCAGUAUUCAGCUGGCUGAUACAUAGUUAUACAAGGAAUGCUGUCAUGCCCACAUUUUUAGCCUCUAACAUAGUACCUUAUAUAUAAAAGGCACUCAGUUAAUUCACUGUCCAUCAUAAGGGUGCCCCAAGAACAGCUAGAAGGUUGGAAAAGGAAUAAACAAAAUUAGAAGUCUGUAAUUACUGAUAUUCAUAUUCUUUUAGUUUGUAAUUCUGAGAAACAGUAGCUAAUUUAGAGCAUAUUAGCAUUCAUAAAAUGCCUUAGCAACUACGUUGUCAAAGGCCCAAGGGCUACUUUUGAUUUUCUACUUUCUGCAUUAACUUCUCAUAAUGGCAUUGUUGAAAAUAAAACAUUAACUUUGAAUGUUACUUCUGGAAUCCUAUGCCUUAUGUAAUUGCAUAAAGCCCUUUGCUUUUCUUUAUAUUGAGGGUCUCUCUAUAUAAGAUUGAUUAUAGGUUUUUCUUGUAGCUAGCUUUGGUUUCUUAACCAGGCACUAGUAAAUACUAGAUAGAAAGGAACACAUUUCAUGGGUAGCAUUGUGAUGGAGAAAUGAGUUUCUAGACCAAAACAAGCCAUUGUGUAGCAAAAGAGAAACAAACUGAACAAAAUGUAGCACUGGAUUCCACCAAGUGUCUCACAAUAUGAUACUAUGUUAAGGAAAUCUUUUUGAAAAUAGAAAUCUUAUUCUCAUGUAUAAUUAUUUGAUAAUAAAGAACUUGAUAGAACAAA